ACUUUGUAAUUAACUGCAACAAACCCUUCAAGUUUCUGCCUCAUUAAUUAUCAAAGUCAAUCUCAUUCAGUUCUCGAUUGAUUGGUUCAUCUUUUGUUCUUUUUUCUUUCUUCAUUUCCGCUGGCAACUGAAGUCAUGCAAUAAUAUUUCUCGAGAUUGGUAGUUCACAGAAAUGAGGAAUGCUUUUUGCUCAUCAAUGCCUUCACAGCCUUUCAACUUUGGAAACAAUGAAGCUCAGAUGCCAAACUGGGAUGUCUCCAUGCUGCAGGUUGACAGUAUUGUAACAAAUAUCCACAGAAAUGGCUUCUCGGUUGAUUCCAGAUUAUACAAAGAUGACAACCAGCUGAGAGAUGGUGACAUUUCUGUUUGUUGUCAGCCCCUCAUUGAACAUCAACAAGGUUUUCAGUCUAUUUCCACCAGCUUUGAUAACAUUUCUCAGCAGUCUCCAAUGCUUAGUCGAAAACGUUCACUUCCACAAUUUGAAGUGGAUUUUCAGUCCCUACAAAAUUGCCUACUGCCCCAAGAAGGAAUCAGUGACCUUGUUAAGAACACAUCAUCAAAUGUGUGCAAGAAGAUUAGUAAGAAGAAGAAAGUGAACAUGCCCUAUGAACAACAAUGGCAUCAUCAUAUCAUCAACACAUCAACUGAGAAAAGGUUGCAGGUGCCAACAAGGAGAAGCCAAAAGCUGAGUGACAAGAUCACAACUCUUCAAAAACUGGUUUCCCCAUAUGGCAAGACUGACACAGCUUCAGUUCUCCAAGAGGCUUCUCUUUACAUCAAACUGCUGCAAGAACAAAUUCAGAACUUGUUUCAGAUGCUCAGUAGCUCAUACAGCAGUGUUGGAGUAGUUCAUUCUCAGGAAGUGACAGAGGAUGUAGACCUGAGAAGCAGAGGCCUUUGCUUGGUUCCAGUGUCAUUUACACAGAAAGUAACAACUGAAGAUGUGGUUGACCCUCACAGUAUAUCAAGAAAUUAAAAACUCUGUCGUACUAUUUUGUUUCGCUCAAUUUAUAUAAUCUAUUUAAUAUUGCAAUUUGUUUA